AUGAGUACAUAUUCCCAGGCUGCAACCGCAUGGCGAAAUCGCCUGACUUCAGCUGCAAAUGGCAGUCAUCGCAUCUCGGGGUUCUUGUACUCUCGUGCUGAUCCUCGUCGACGUCCCUCGCCCUUAUGUCGCAGCGUGGCAACCGUGGUCGACCAGACCAAAAUUGACAACGAACCUGACCUGGACAAGCGCGAUGAGCAUACGAAGACUGGGAAAAGCGCGACGUCGGGAGACGGCCGAAGCCACCCAGCGCAGCAGCCCGAUCCCCAGAAGCCGCCUGAACGGUCUACGGGGGUUGAAACACAAGGCCCCGAGGGCAAAUCUGGCGAAGGAAGAGAUACUGGUGGCGUGCACAAAGAGGAGAUACCCGACUUGUCAUGA